CGUUUCGACAUCCUCGCGGACUGUAACCUUGAGUGGCUCGACGACCUACGUGCCCUAGGAAUGGAUCCCAACGCUAUCGGAAGUGACAAGUCAUUUCUGACAGGAUCCGGUCGGUACUUUGACUAUGGUGGAAUCGAAGUCGUUGCUGGGAAUCACACGAACAUCCCAUACCCGGAGAACGAGAUUGUGCCCAUGAUGGCAUAUCACGACUUUGCGGAAAUCGGCCAACCCCAUGUGUUUCCCUUUCACCCCGUUUGCUACGAGAUUCUCAAGAGAUGCAUCUCUUUGAGGGAACGAGGGGAAAUUCGAGGAAAUAAGCUGUAUCAGAUUUUUGAACAGGUCAACGGCGACCGGUACGUCCGGCUGCAACUUGACUAUGGCGACCCAGACCCGCCCGCAGAGCAGGUGUGGGAGACUCUCCGAGGGCAAGAGAUUCUGGUAGUGAAUCCAGUCGACAUACCGGAGCUCGAAUCAGAGAUCAACGAUAUAAGGUGCUUGUUAGACAUGAAGACCUGCCUAGAUAAGGAAACGAAGCUCCAUAAAGAAGACAUUUUCAGUCGUCUUCCGAUCAAACUGCGACACGAAAUCUUCAAGCACAUUCGCCCAGAAUCGAUUUUGGCUCUCAAAGCCGCCUCGCGGGUCAUGCACACCACCUUGGUCUCGCGCUCCACGUGGGAGGCCAAGUUAGUCGAUACAUAUCCAUGGCUGUGGGAGGUGUUUGAACUCUCGGUUUUCCAAUCGCAAGAAAUCGAGGAGAAAGUGUUUAGACUGCUACUCGCUUGCAGGGAGCAUGGUGAGCCUUCGGGCAGAAGGUAUGGCUAUACCCUGGGCCUUGCCAACAGGAGAAGGAUUUGGGGAGUAUGCGAACAGAUUCGGAGUCGAUAUUUGGAAUAGCUGGCUACUGUUACUAGGCAGGUACGAUGUUGACUGCUAUUGCAUCCGCGUUGGGAGAUAUUGAAGUAAUCUUUCCAACCCUUAUCACAUGGUACGAUGUUUUUGAUAUGACGCAUACCGUGUUCAGUGACUUUACCAGUUUUGAACGGUAAAGAAGAAGCUCG